CACCACGGAUCUGUUAACCCCUCCAUCAUAGUCACCGCCGCCACAUGUUAAAGCAAGACAAUCGCAAAAGCAAGGGAAUGCGAAGCGAUGAGGUCAGAAUGUCAUUAGAUGACGAGGAGUUGUCAGUAGAUAAGUUAAUGAUACUCGCGAUGAGUAUAGCAUUAUCAGAGAGAUACACUCUUGAAAAGAUAUUAUCUGCCACCAAUAACUUCUCACAUGAGAAUCUGAUAGCAGAAGGUGCAUUAGGAAAGGUGUACAGAGGACUCAACAAUGAUAAUAAUAAUUUGGUCAUACAAAAGUUUGAUUGUAAGUGUGGACAAGGAGACGAGUUACAAAGAGAGAUAUUAACGAUUAAGAGUCUCAAGCAUAAAAACAUCGUCUCUUUCUAUAAGCAUUUUGAUGAGAUUAAUGACAAGAUCGUCAUUUAUGAAGCAUUCCAUGGAACUCUUAAUCAACAUCUAAGUGAUCCAACUCUCACAUGGUCACAAAGACUUCAAAUAUGUUUAGGUGUUGCGCGUGGGUUGAAUUACAUCCACUAUGAUAUCAUACAUUGCGACAUCAAUAGCUCUAAAAUAAUUUUAGAUGGAAACUGGGAACCCAAGAUAUAUGGUUUCGAAAUUUCCACAAAAUAUCCUCGAAGUUUGAGGCAUCGUCUUCUCUUCUCUCGCUACUUUGACACCAACAAUUUGACACCCAAAUAUGAUGUUUACUCUUUUGGUGUGUUAAUGCUUGAAGUCCUUUGUGGGAGGAAACCGGUGAUUACAAACGCUGGUGUUGACGAAGAACUAGCAGAAAUCAUUGAUCCUAAUUUAAGGAAACAAAUGAGCGCACAAACGUUGGCACUCUUCACAAACAUAGCUUAUAAGUGCUUGAAUCAACAACAUGUGCAACGUCCAACUAUGGAUCAAAUUGUCAAAGAACUUGAGGAGGUGUUGGAACUUCAUUGGGAACAUGCUGAUCUUAAGGACCUCUCAAAAGCUGCAGAUGAAGGUACAUCAUCCAACAACUGGAAGAUCCCACUAAGAGAAAUAAGGCGGGCUACAAAUGGUUUCAGUAAAGCGUGUUUUGUUGGGUCUGGCGGGUAUGCUGAUGUGUACAAAGCAAAACUUGACUUCUUUAACAUCGAUGGUUUGUCAUCCAUGGAAGGGAAGAGUAAAGAUGAAAUGCCCAAGAUAAGCAAAACUGUAGCUAUAAAACGCAUUUCUAGUAGAGUAGAUGAGCAAGGUAAACAAGGGUUUUUAACAGAAAUUGAAUUGCUAACUAGUUGUAAGCAUCCAAAUAUAGUUUCUCUCCUUGGUUUUUGUGACGAAGCUGGUGAAAUGAUUCUUGUUUAUGAGUAUGCCUUUAAAGGAAGUCUCGGUGAUUACCUGGUAAGCGGUGAUAAAACCACUGGUAUUCUUUCUUGGGCGGAAAGAAUACAGAUUUGCCUUGAUAUUGCUCAUGGAAUUAGUUACCUUCACACUGACAUGGAGGGAAAACCAAGGAUAAUACAUCGAGAUAUAAAGAGUGAUAACAUUUUAUUGGAUGAAAAUUUGAAUGCAAAACUUGCUGACUUUGGGCUCUCCAAGUCCCAUCCUAUGAAUCAACAACCUAGCACUAUUUAUUCAAAAAAUAUUGCAGGGACAACCUUAUAUAUGGACCCAGAGUAUAUGGCUACAGGUAAGUAUAAAAGGGAAUCAGAUAUUUAUUCCUUUGGAGUAGUUUUAUUUGAGGUCUUAUCUGGGAAAGUGGCGUAUGAUUCAACUUACACUAAUGAAAAUGACUUGGGGAUUGCACCCGUUGCAAGGAGACGAUUCAACGAGGACACGCUAAAGGAAUUGAUUGAUCCUAACAUAAUAGAAGAUGAUAAUGAUCACGUUUUUUCUUUAAAUAAAGGACCCAAUCAAGAUUCGUUCCACACAUUUUCUAAAAUCGCAUAUCAAUGUUUAGCAGAAACUCAAGCCAAGCGUCCAACAAUCGAAGUCGUCAUUAAGGAACUUGAAAAAGCAUUAGAAUUGCAAGGGGAAACCGUUGUACUCUCAAGGCCUCGGUUCAGUGAUUUAGUGUUGGCUACAGAGAACUUUGUUGAAAAAUACUAUGUUGGUUUAGACACAAUUGGGAUGGUGUACAAAGCUGAACUCGAUCAUUUUGGGAACAAUCGUUUGUUGGAAACAGAAGGGAAGAAUAGUGGUGAACCUUCUAAGAAACGCAUUAGUGUAGCUAUAAAACGCAUCACUAGUAGAGAAGGUGAGCAAGGAAAACAGGAAUUCGUUGAAGAGAUUGAAAUGCGUACCAGUUAUAAGCAUCCCAACAUUGUUUCUCUUAUUGGCUUUUGUGACGAAGGUGAUGAAAUGAUCCUUGUCUAUGAGCCUGUGUCUGAGAGAAGCCUUGAUGACUAUUUGAAAAGUGCUGAUAAAAUGGAUAUUUUUACGUGGAUCCACCGUCUAUACAUGUGCCUUGAGAUUGCACAGGGACUAAAUCACCUUCACACCAAGGUGGUCAACCCGCAAAGGUUAAUACACAUUGACAUAAAGAGUGCGAACAUUCUGUUAGACAAAAACCGUGGGGUGAAAAUUGCUUACUUUGUGAUCUCCAAGUUACACAGUGUAUUAAAUCAAGAUAUAGGCAUGAAAGUGUACGAAGAUCCAGAAUAUGAAACAACAGGAAAAUUGAAAAGAGAAUCUGAUGUUUACUCUUUUGGAGUUGUGCUUUUUGAAAUCUUUUGUGGGAAAUUGGCAUAUGAUCUGGUUUACACUAAAGAAAAUGAGAAAGGGCUUUCACCCAUUGCUCGCCAAUGUUUUGACGAUGGAACCAUAGAGAGUAUAAUGGAUCCGAAGCUAAAAGAAGAAACCAAUGAAGACAUUUCCUCUUCAAAUAGAGGACCCAACCGAGAUUCUUUGGACACAUUUUUAAAAAUUGCAUAUCAAUGUUUGGGGGAGGCUGCCAAGCGUCCUACCAUGGAAAUCGUGAUCAUGGAACUUAAGAGAGCAAUUAACUUCCAUGACACCAAGCCUGUGGAAUCUAGAUGAUGUGAUACGGGUGUGGUCACAAGGGUGCAUAUCCUCUUUUUUCACCUUCCACUUGUGAUUUCCUUGAUGAUCAAUGAUGGGGACAUAGAUUAUUCUGAGAUCGAUCCCAUCGAUCGAUUUUCCUGAUCGUUGCCUGCGACGACUGCAUCAAGUUGUGAUGAUCAUCGAUGCUAAUUUAUGUGUUGGAGCUGGAUUUCACAAGGUUCUUUAUCCCCAUUUCUGUUCUUCACGUCUUGUUGUUGUAGCAACCAAAGAGCAUCUGUUUCAAUAAAGUAUGUUUAUGCAUUUGUUUGUGAAUUUAGAUCUUGAUAGUGACCACACGAUAAUGUAUCAAUGUCCAUGAUUGGCUUGAAGCAUAUGCCGCUCAUUAUAUAUGGCGAUAAAUUAGAAGAGAACAAUUUACAAUA